AUGUCUCCUUCACCAUUCACUCACCCUUUCAUUCAGGUCAUUAUGCAUUUGACCUCUCCAGUAACCUCCAAUUUAUUUGUUUUCUUUUCCUUCAAGGUCAAUCAUUGGGGAAAGAUCAAAGCCUCGUUACUGGCAUCUAAAUUGCUCCGAACCAAACCACGCAUGGCAUCUUCCUCUGUUGCGUCUUCAUCCACUACUACCAUCAAGGAUGUCUCUUCAACAACUACCAACCCAACGGCAUCAUCUCGUUCCCAAUAA